AUUCUCUUCCAUCUCUAUCCUCAAAACCUUAAGGUCUCACCCCCAAAUCCCAAUGGAUCUCCAUGGCCAUAGGGAGAGAAGGGGAGGGAUGUCAGUGCCACAAUUUGGGGGAUGGGAUAAGGGGCCAGGGAGAGGAGAAGGUGAGAGUAUAAGUUACACAGUAGUUUUCUCUCAGGCCAGAGAUAACCGGAAACAACAUAAGACUGAGUUGCCUCGUUACAGCCUGGACAACAAUAACCACAAUGAUGAUCUUCUUCAUGGCAGCCGCAGCCGCCACAGGAAGCAUGACCACCACAUGUCUGUUCCUCCUCCUAUUAAGAGGAGGAAAACGUGUCUCUCCUGGUUUAGUUGUUUUUGGGCUUGAUGAAGUGCACCAAAUUUGAAGAUUGUCAUAUAUGGCCUUUUCUGUAUUUUACUCCAGUUUACAUGAACACUGGAAGUCUAAAUGUCAUUAUGAUAACCAAAUGUUCGAAAUUUGGGCAGAGGUGUAUAUAAUAUGCUCCCUAAUAUAAAUGUCCAAUUCAAGCUCGAUCUUGAGAUUUUGAGUGAUUUUCAUUUGGCGAAUUCGGUGCUCUCCAGCUUUGGACUAGUAUAUGCAGGGGAUUGAGGUGUUUGGUAAAUGGCGUUUGAGACGAAAAAUGACGGCUUGACCGCUUUUAGCGUUUUCAAUAAAUAAAAAAUGGGUUAUUUGGUAAAUUAAAUAGCUGUUCGGCACUAGCGUUUUUGGACGGAAACGCUGAAAUGGAAAUGCUGC